AAGGAGCUGGGAGAGCAAGCAGCACAUGGAUUAAUUAAUGGGCGCUGAGUUUAUGGAGCUACCAUUUUAUGGCCUGCUCUUCCCACAGCUCCUAAGAAGAAAAAGGGGUCCCUGAAUUUAAGAAGAUGCCUCGAACUAAGCAAAUUCAUCCCAGAAAUCUACGAGACAAAAUUGAAGAAGCACAAAAAGAACUCAGUGGGGCAGAAGUGUCAAAGAAAGAGAUCUUAGAGGCUGGAACAAAAGGAACUUCAGAAUCCCUUAAAGGUGUGAAACGGAAAAAGAUUGUAGCUGAGAAUCACCUGAAAAAAAUACCCAAGUCUCCACUGAGAAAUCCUCUUCAGGCAAAACACAAACAGAAUGCAGAAGAGCCAUUUUUCCCAGUUCUUCAGAGAGCUGCGGAGCCUGCCAAGCACCAGCACCGCAGCCCUGUGAGAAAUGGAAAGCAGUCGACCAGACACAAUGGAGAGGCCCCGGGGAUAACUGCUGAGGCCUCUAAGUUGGAAGAAUCCCUGUCCUCAAAGAAGCCACUAUUUCUGCAGCACCCAUCAGAACUACGUCGCUGGCGAUCAGAAGGCUCAGAGCCCUCCCAAUUAAAUUUUCUUGAUGGCAAAUGUGACUCGUUGUGUAGCAAAACCAGGACUGACCACAGUGAAUGUAUCUCCUCCAAUGGUCGGACUCCUUCCUCUCCAUAUGCCAGCACCGCAUUUGAUGUCUUACUGAAAGCGAUGGAGCCAGAACUGAGCACCUUGUCACAGAAGGGAUCCUCUGAUGCAGUCAGCGUAGAAAAACUGAGACCAAAUAAGGCUGCACCACCCCCUUCACACUUGCAAAACUGCUCAGUAGAGGCCCCCAGCCAGACAUCCCAAGAAUUUGUCACCCAGUCCCCGUCUUCUUCCAGUACCUCAUACGCCAUCCAAGUGCCUGCAGCUCCAAAGAAGGAGCCAGCAGCAGCACAACCCAUUCCACACACAUAUAAUCAGCUUGAACACUUGGUCUUGAAACCCAACCAACUCACUCAACAGCUUCCAUUGUGUUCAGGCUUCACCAGGUCGCUGACAAAUGUGCAAAAUCACGAGACUGCCAAGCUGGAACAAGUGUGUAAUAUAGUAGUGACCUCUUCAGUAGGUCUGACUCCACCUCCCACUAGAACUCAGGUUAUCCCUCAAAACCAGCAAAUGGAUUCUGUUUCCCCUAUGUCCAUAAGUCCCACUCAUGUGACACAGUCACCCCCCGCACCAGUUUAUAACUCAACCCCCGUCACCUCUGUUGUCAACCACAGCGUAGAGCAAAUGUGCAAUCUUCUUCUGAAAGAUCAGAAGCCCAAGAAGCAAGGAAAAUACAUUUGUGAGUAUUGCAAUCGAGCUUGUGCAAAGCCUAGUGUGCUUUUAAAACACAUCCGCUCCCACACCGGCGAGCGGCCCUACCCCUGUGUGACCUGUGGAUUUUCCUUUAAGACUAAAAGUAAUCUGUACAAGCACAAAAAAUCUCACGCCCAUACGAUCAAACUGGGUCUCGUCUUGCAACCAGACUCGGGUGGCUUGUUUCUGGCCCACGAGUCUACCAAAGCACUUAGCAUCCACUCAGAUGUCGAAGACAGUGGGGAAAGUGACGAUGAUGCCACUGUGGAUGAGAGACAGAAUGACUCGGGCUCCAUGGAUUUGCAGCCCACGCAGGUCACCAAAACAGCCUCAAGUUCCGAAGCGUUACUCAAAUCAGCCCCAGUUCUGAGCCAUCCAGAGCAGGCGGUUGGUGACAUUUUGCCGCAGGACAGGUCUUCAGAAUCCCAACUGGUGACAGAACUGCCAAAAGUGGUGGUCCACCCUGUCAACCUGUCCCCAUUAAGAGGUGAGAGCCCCAAGGUUCUGGACUCAAAGGCUGAUGUUUCCUGUGCAAAACCCAAGGACCUCCAGGUAACCAGUGCAUUGUCACAUCCACCCUGGGUGUCCUCCCUGGAAAUCAGUGAGAAGUGUCAUCAGGCAAGAGACGCGAGCCAGACAAAAGGAAAGCCAGAGUCGCAUAUAGGAACAGCACAUGCCCAGUUGCAAAGGCAGCAGGCAACAGAUUACUCCCAGGAGCAACAAGGGAAACUUCUGAGCCCCCGAAGUUUGGGAAGUACAGAUUCGGGCUACUUUUCCCGUUCCGAAAGUGCAGAUCAGACAGCUAGUCCACCGACACCCUUUGCCAAAUCGUUACCAAUCCCAGACCACGACUCAAGUAAGCAUAACGGGCCCCCUACACCUCGUCUCAACACACCAGCACUUCCUAUCCUGCCAGCGGGGGACAAAGCAUUGCAACCAGGUCAGAUGCGUCCCCCUUUGGCCACCAAAACUCUGGAGGAACGAAUCUCGAAGCUCAUCUCGGACAAUGAAGCCUUGGUAGACGAUAAGCAGCUAGAUAGUGUAAAGCCACGGAGAACCUCUCUUUCCCGACGAGGAAGCAUCGAUUCGCCCAAAUCAUACAUAUUUAAAGAUUCUUUCCAAUUCGACUUAAAACCCAUGGGUCGGAGAACCAGCUCAAGCUCUGACAUACCAAAGUCCCCUUUUACCCCUACUGAAAAAUCGAAGCAAGUAUUUCUUCUCUCUGUUCCUUCCCUUGAUUGUUUGCCUAUCACCAGAAGUAAUUCCAUGCCCACCACUGGUUACUCAGCAGUCCCUGCAAACAUAAUACCUCCGCCACAUCCGCUGAGGGGAAGUCAGUCCUUUGAUGACAAAAUUGGAGCCCUCUAUGAUGAUGUCUUUGUGUCAGGACCUAACACUUCUGUGCCCCAAAGUGGACAUCCCCGGACCCUGGUUAGACAGGCUGCCGUGGAGGACUCUUCCGCAAACGAAAAUCAUAUUCUUGGUACGAGCCAGUCCUUGGACGAGAGCUACCAGGGCUGUGGGGCCACCAGUGAAGUCAUCUCUGCCAGGAACAAGGCCUCAGCGCCUGGACAUUUGGAAAAAAAGAAGUCCCACCAAGGGCGCGGAACAAUGUUUGAGUGUGAAACUUGUAGAAACCGGUAUAGAAAACUGGAAAAUUUUGAGAACCACAAGAAAUUUUAUUGUUCAGAGUUGCACGGACCUAAAACCAAAGUCACCAUGAGAGAACCCGAACACAGCCCUGGUCUGAGUGGCACACAGCCUCAAAUCCUACACUACAGAGUAGCUGGUUCCAUGGGGGUCUGGGAACAGACACCCCAGAUCAGAAAAAGGCGGAAGAUGAAAAGUGUGGGGGAUGAUGAUGAGCUUCAACAAAAUGAAAGUGGAUCUUCUCCUAAAAACUCUGAGGGGCUUCAAUUUCCAAAUAAUGGAGGCUCAGCUUCUGUUUUGCCAAGGCAUAAUGUUUCUGUAACAAACGACCAGCAGCAGAGAAACAUCCAGUUGCAAAGUUCCCAAAUGCAGCUUGUUGCCAGGGGUCCCGACCAGAGCAUUGAUCCCAAGUUGUCUACCAUCUUGGAGCAGCAGGUCAAUGCAGCAGCCACCCCAGAGAAAGUCGAGUUGAAAAGACACGGAGCUGGGAUCUCAGUCAUCCAGCAUACCAACUCACUAAGUAGACCCAAUUCCUUCGAAAAGCUUGAGUCUUUCGAAAGGGGUUCCCCUGUUUCAUUCCAGGAACUGAGCAAGACAGUCAAGCUUGGGACUCUGAAAGGAACAGGAGUAGCCCAAGAAGAAGGGCGCACUUGUCGGAAUGUGCCUUCUGCUCCCCAGCUCACUCACUCAGAUGCCCUUAAAGCAGACCUUCAGGAAGGCCCAAGAAAGAUUUCAAAUGAACGGCACAUUUUAGGGCAGUCCUCGAGGCUCGUUCGGCAGCACAAUAUUCAAGUCCCGGAAAUUCUGGUCACAGAAGAACCAGACCGGGACCUGGAAAUCCAAGGCCAUGAUCACGAAAAAUCAGACAAAUUCAGUUGGCCCCAGCGUAGUGAGACCUUGUCCAAACUGCCAACAGAGAAGCUGCCGCCCAAAAAGAAAAGACUUCGUCUUGCUGAGAUAGAGCAUUCCUCAACUGAAUCGAGUUUUGAUUCCACUCUCUCCAGGAGUCUAAGUAGGGAGAGUUCUCUGUCACACACUUCAAGUUUCUCAGCUUCAUUGGACAUAGAGGACGUUUCUAAAUCUGAGGCUUCCCCCAAAAUUGAUUUUCUAAAUAAAGCCGACUUUCUCAUGAUGCCAGCAGGCUCUAAUACACUUAAUGUUCCUGCAACUCCCAGGGAAAUGAGGCGUGCUGCAUCCGAACAGAUUAAUUGCAUGCAGACUUCCAUGGAGGUCUCUGAUUUCAGAAGCAAAUCUUUUGACUGUGGAAGCAUAACUCCAUCUCAGAAAGCCCCACUCGUUGAAAUGCAACCCCCAACAUCUCCUUCUGGCCUUGGUGGACCUGGGCACGUGCCUCUCUUAGAGAGAAGGAGGGGCCCACUGAUUCGGCAGAUAUCUUUAAGCAUAGCUCCAGAGAGUACUCUGUCUCCUGCGAACCCAUCGUCUUUCCAAAUGGUCACUCUUCCCAGACUGAAUGUUGGACCACAGCUGGCCAACACAUCUCUAGCUGAAUUUCCAGCAAAAGCUUUGUACUCCCAAACUCAAGUUAAAGAUCUACAAGCCGAAAUUUCAAAUUCCAGCGCCACUAACAUAUUUCCUGUCCAACAACUUUUGGGUAUAAAUUUGUUAAAUCCAAUCCAUGCUCCUGUUAGCCACAAAAAUGUUCCAGUGUCUACACAGAGUGUCAAGCAAGAUUCAGGGCCCAGUUUAUGUGUACCUUCUAAAGAUGAGGGUUGCUUUGCUCCCAAAUAUCAACUUCAAUGUCAGGUGUUCACUGCCAGUCAGUCUUGCUCUUCUGUACAGUCUUUGCCAAAGCCAAUUCUUGCAGAUCCUGUUCAGGCCAACCAUCAAGCGACCCCACUAGCAUUACCACCCAAAUUAGUAGUUACCAUGUCCAGUUCAUGCCCUCUGCCACCACUGACGCUUGGGCCAUUCAGUGGUCAGGUGCAGAAGGUGCCACCAUCAUUCACGCCACCUGUGCAUCUGCAGAGUAAUGUUCCAGCUUACUCUUUGGCCACCGUCACACCGCUGCCACAAAUUCUAGUCACCCAAGACCUAUCCAGUCAGCCUCUUUGCCAGGCUAGUCAGAGUAUCGUGCCAAUUGGUGAACAAAAUCCCAUGCCAAAAUCACAGAAAGAUCAUCUGAAUGCUUUGCCAAAUCCGAAGGAAGACCUUGUUUGCAAUAAUGUCUUUUCAGAGAUGGACUCAAAUUCUUCUCUGUCACAACCUAUGCCCCCAGCUCAGAAAAUGUCUGUCGGUAGACUUUCCCCACAACAAGAAUCUUCUGCUUCGAGUAAAAGGAUGCUUUCUCCAGCAAAUAGUCUAGACAUUGCCAUGGAAAAGCACCAAAAACGCGCUAAAGAUGAAAAUGGAGCUGUAUGUGCAACAGAGACUAGACCAUUAGAAUCGUUGAGUUCCAAAGUGAAUGAAGUUAAACACAAGAAACCUGUCUUAGUGAGGCAAGUUUGUACUACGGAGCCCCUUGAAGGUGUGAUACUGGAACAGGAUGUGUUUUACCAGACUGAAAUUGGUAGUAAAUCUAGUAACUUGGCGAAUGUUUUACCAGCCGAUAAUUUAUCAUCCAGGCACUCGAAGACCUUAACUGUAGAACCCAUAAAAGAACUGCAAGAGACUGAAAGUCUGAAGUCAUCCCCAUCACUCGCCCUGACGGUUAAAACCUCACCUGUCCUUUCAGAAAGUACUCAUGCUUCCCCUUUGGAAUGUCUCGACAAUAACCAAGAAAGGAUUAAAAAUCAAGGCAACAAAGUGAAUAUUCACGAGCAAAGUCAACUGCCAAGUACCAUGCUCUCAGUGGUUGAGGCUGGAGACACGCGGCAGCUCUCUUUCCCCAGCUUGAAGACGACCACCAGCUUUACUUGGUGUUAUCUGUUACGACAGAAGGCCUUGCAUCAGCUGCAGAGUGACCAGAAAACAUCGGCCUAUGCAGACUGGACAGUCAGCAAUAGUAAUCCAAAUCCCCUCGGCUUGCCUACAAAAGUUGCUCUUUCUCUUCUUAAUUCCAAACAGAAGAUGGGAAAAUCACUGUAUUGUCAAGCAAUAACCACCCAUUCCAAGUCAGAUUUAUUGGUCUAUUCAAGCAAGUGGAAAAGCAACUUAAGCAAGAGAGCAUUAGGUAAUCAAAAGUCCACAGUAGUUGAAUUCAGCAAUAAAGAUGCCUCUGAAAUUAACAGUGAGCAAGAUAAAGAAAAUUCCUUAAUCAAAAGUGAACCAAGAAGAAUUAAAAUAUUUGAUGGAGGAUAUAAAUCAAAUGAAGAGUAUGUCUAUGUCCGAGGCAGGGGAAGAGGAAAGUACAUCUGCGAAGAAUGUGGAAUCCGUUGUAAGAAGCCUAGUAUGCUAAAGAAGCACAUACGAACCCAUACUGAUGUGCGCCCCUACCAUUGCACAUACUGCAACUUCUCCUUUAAGACUAAAGGAAAUCUGACAAAACAUAUGAAGUCCAAGACACAUAGCAAGAAAUGUGUGGAUUUAGGCAUCUCAGUAGGUUUAAUAGACGAACAAGAUGCAGAAGAAUCAGAUGAAAAGCAGAGAUUCAGUUAUGAGAGGGCUGGAUAUGAUCCUGAAGAAUCCGAUGGCCCAGAUGAGGAUGAUAAUGAAAACGAUGACGAUGAUGAAGAUAGCCAGGCAGAGUCUGUCCUGUCGGCUGCUCCUUCCGUCACAGCCAGCCCACAGCACCUCCCAUCUCGAGGUAGCCAGCAGGACUCUGUGAGCACUGAUGAAGACACCAGGAUCAGUGAUUGCUUUUCCGGGGUGCAUGCAGACCCCAUGGAUGUUCUACCUCGAGCACUGCCUACCAAGAUGACUGUGCUGAGCACGGUGCGGUCCGACUACAGCCGGAACUCUGAGUCUCCGAUGCAGAGCCAGCAGCAGGUGGCAAAAGAUGCAAAUAGUGUGCAGCCUCCUUCAGAAGAUGCACUCCAGUCCCCACCGGCAACACCCAGGUCCCCUUGUCAUCCAAUGUGUGUGGACUACCCUGAGUCAGACGAUCUAAAAACCUCAGAGGCAGGAAAAGCUGUUGCUUUCACACAGGGCACCACCUUGCUGCAACUUCCCCCGGUGACCGAGCAGGGCCCUCCUGCAGCACCUUUGGGAGCCUCCCCACAGCAGGAUCCUCCAGAACAGACACAGCCCCCCUUAACUCUGCAGCCGGCGCUUGGCCUACCCGCUCCCCAGACCCACCUAUUCAGCCACCUUCCCCUUCAUUCCCAGCAGCCGUCCAGGACGCCCUACAACAUGGUACCUGUCGGAGGCAUCCAGGUGGUCCCUGCCGGCCUCACCUACUCCACAUUUGUUCCCAUCCAAGCGGGGCCAGUGCAGCUCACGAUUCCAGCUGUCAACGUGAUCCACACCACUGUGGGUGCUCCGGGGGACCCCAUCCCCAAAGCCUCUGGCACAACCAGUGGCCCCGGAGUGCCUGAGCUGAGUGGCAUGGUGCCCUGCAUCCCCAUCGGCCAAAUCCAGGUGCCUGGCCUCCCAAAUCUCAGCACACCUGCCCUCCAGCCUCUUCCAUCCCUGAGCAUGGAGACGGUCAACAUCUUGGGCCUAGCCAAUGCCAAUCUCACCCCCCAAGUGCACCCACCCGGGCUGGCCCUCAAUGCAGUAGGGCUGCAGGUGGUGGCUGCAAAUCCGUCCUCCCCCCGGAGCACUCCCAACCUGCAGACACACGCACCCCCGGGCCUGCAGAUCUUGAACAUCGCCUUGCCCGCCCUGAUCCCUUCUGUGAGCCAAGUGGCCCUGGAUGCACCCGGAGCCCCCGACACACCAGCUGCUCCAAGCCGUGCUCCCCCACGUGUGCUUCCCACCCAGCAGACUCCUCCUGGAGCCAGUCCCAAGGCCCCGGGGAGCAGGACCGCAUCUCCUCAGGGCUCCCCUCAAGUGCAGCAAGAAAAUGCAAACCGCACUGCUGCUCCAAAUCCACCUGCUCCUGCCAGAGACCAUGCCAGGCCCGAUGGCCCAAGUCACAGGGACACCACCACCACCGGGAAGGCCGCCUUAGUAGAUUCCACCCAGCUCAAGCAGGACCUGAAGUCCACGCAGGCCAAGCCCGGGGCCCCAUCGGAACCCCUGCACAAGGCCAGGUCAGAGGCUUUUCUAGAGCCCCGGGGCCAGCAGACUCUGUCCCCCAAAAGACGGGGACCCCGGGGGCAACCCAUGACCCAGUUCAGCGACGUUAGUAGUGAUGACGAUGAAGACAGGCUUGUAAUUGCAACUUAGUAUGGGGUUUGUUUUUUUGUUUGUUUGUUUUUUAAUUUUGAGGGUCUUUGGGGAAUAUUUUUGGUUGUUUUUUUUAUAUAUGUCUAUAUAUAAAACACUUAAAAGGUUUCUUUGAAACCCCUCCUUUCCUUAAAGCACAGUUUUCUGACAUAAACUCAUGACUAAUCUUUGUGCAAUCAUGAACUUUUUUGACCAAUAAUUGUUGUUUUGUGUCAGCUCCAGCCAUUUUUUUGUACAUGUUGUAUAGACAAAUUGUGCCUUUUAGGAGUUUUCUGUUUAGAAAUUGUACAGAUUGUUGAAUAUCUCUAUACAUAAAAUAUAUAUUAUAUAUGUAUAUGAAAACCAGGUAGUUUAUUUGUGUUGAGUAAGAGAACCCUGUCAAAUAAAUCAGAUGAUUAAAUUAUAUGUUGCACUGUUUAAAAUAUAAAUUUUUAUGGCUGUCGGGCAGUUUCUGUGUAAAAAAAAAUUAGUCUGUAAACUCCAUAUUUAUUGUACUCAUAUUAGUCUUUGCAAAUGGGUCUGUCCUUCUUGUGUAAGACAGUAACUUUACACUUCAGACAGAUUUUCUGUGUUCUGAAAUGUUUCAGUAAAAUCCUGUUUACUGA